AUGCUGCUUGCAACGAUGUGGCGCGCGUCGAUACCGCAGACACUCGACGGCGUUCGUCACACCUUCUUCCCCUUGGUCGAGCAUCUGCAACUCCGGGCAUCGGACGCGCGCGUCCAAGACUUGCUAGUGUACUUGGCGACCGAGUGCAAGGCAGCUUUCGUCGGUGGUGGCGCGCUCGCCCCGCUGCCAGACUUCAACGGCUACGCCAUCACCGACAUUGCGCUGGACGAGUCGCACUGCGACCCGUGUGCUGACGUUGGCCGCUUCUUUCGCACCGGCAACUGUACGACGAUGACGGUCGAGGUGAAGUGGAGCCCUUCCAGCCCGAACAAUCUCUGCGAUGAAGUCGAGGCUGUCGUGGCGCGCAACCCGGAACGCCUCGUGCUCGAGACCACACAGUUUAAAGUGGAGCUACACAAGCGAACGUGGCCUGGCAUGCGAUCAGCGGAAGCGGCAGCAGAGCAUGCGUACCGCGAGGCGAGCUACGACGACAUUCGCAUGGAGCAGAACCAGGAGAAGAAGACGACCGAGCACCAAGCCAUCGACUUUUACCAAAAGGGCGUUGAGAUUGCGCACAGCGCGACGGGGGCCGAGGACCAUGUCAAGGCGAUUGAGCUCAUCUCGAUGGCGAUCGCCGUCCGACCAGGUCACGCCCGGUAUUUCCUUGCGCGCGGCAACAGCUUCCGCGCCAUCAACGAGUUUGAGGCCGCGAUCGCCGACUUUGACAUGGCGAUUUCGCUCGACGACAAGUGUCCGACGUACUAUGCGAGCCGAGGCACGUGCUUUCGCAAGCUCGGACGGGCCGCCGAUGCGCUCGAAGACUUUACGCUCGCGAUCGAGUACGAUACCAAGCGGGGAACCCACUACUUCAACCGCGCGCUCGUCCUCUACGACAUCAACCACUACGAGCUCGCAAUCUGCGACUUUACCAAAGCCCUCGACGAUGCGUCGGGCGGACCUCGCACCGAGUUUCGCGCGCUCCAUAGCCGCGGCAACUGCUACCGCCGGCUCGGGCUCUUUGACAAGUGCGUGGACGAUAUGAUGCAAGCGAUCAAGCUCGAGCCGCGCAACUCGACGGUCUACAACUCGCUCGCGCAGUGCUACAUGGAGUACCACGACUUGGAAAGUGCGAUCAAGCACUUUUCGACCGCGAUCGCGCUCCUGGAUUCCAACCCGGCGUACUACAACAACCGCGGUCAAGCGUAUUUUGAAAAGGGGCACGAGUACUAUCGCAUGGCGCUCUCGGACUUUCAUUUGGCCAUCAAACUCGACGGCAAGGACGCCCAGGCCUACUACAACCGCGGUCUCACGCGCAUCGCGGUCGGCCUUGAAGAGAUUUCGGCGCAAGAGACCGCCAACCAGCUCGCCCACGAUCUCCUUCUGCGCUCCGAGCUCGAGUCGUCCGAGGACCGAAAUGGACCCAAAACCAGCAGCAACAGCACGACGGCUGAGGCGCCAGCGACGACCACCGGUGCGAUGAGCAUAUUCGAGCAGCUGGAAGCGGCGCUGGCCGACAUGGACAUGGCGUGCAGUAUCGUGCCCGAGUCGCCGCGGUAUCUCUUUGGGAAAGCCAUGGUCAUGCAUCUCAAGCGGCACCCGCAGCAGACGCAGCACUUUCUCGACAUGGCGCUGCAGCUUGACCCGGCGCACGUGGCCUCCAAGUACCACAUUGGCCUACUGCAGCACGAAAACCACCAGCACGAGGCCGCGGUCGCAACGUUCACAGCGGCCAUCCACGACCUGCCGACGGAGCCGGCCUUUCUUGCCGCCCGCGCGCUCUUGUUUCAAGACAUUGGACUGCACGAGCUCGCGAUCGAGGACUACUCGAGUGCGAUAGCGGUCGCGCCAUCGCCCGACGCACUCCACGUCUACCACCGCGGCGAGAGCCAUUUACGGCUGAGUCACUUCGACGCGGCGGUCGCCGACCUCUCGCUGGCGCUGACCUUUGGCGCGUCCGGCCCAGGCAUAUACAAUGCACGGGGACUCGCCCACCGUGGGCUUGGGCUGUACGAGCUCGCGAUCGCCGACCUCUCGAGCUGCGUCGAGCUCAACAAGCGCGAACCGAGCUUCCGGCUGCACCGCGCGAUCUGCUACCUCGAGUGCUGCGAGUACCAGAAGGCCCAUCUGGACCUGGUUGUCGGGCUCAAGCUCGCGCCGACGGACCCGCGGCUUCUCUUCCACGCCGGCAUGGUCCUCUUCCACCGGCUUCAGUUCCCCGAGGCCAUCGUGCAGCUGCGAUCGGCGCUGGCGCACGCCCCCAGCAUCUCGUACCUCUCGGAAAUUCACUAUUACAUUGGCCUCGCGUACGCGUCGAUCGAGCGCUGCAUGGACGCGAUCGAGAGCUUCACCGACGCGAUUGCGACGGCGCAAGACGAGCAGCUCGUCUACUUCCACGAACGCGGCAAGGCGCUGCAGCUCGAGCGCUACUACGAAGAGGCCAUCGACGACUUCUCGCACGUCCUCAAGCGGAAUCCGACCAACGCCCACGCGGCCUUCCGGCGCGGCUUCGCAUACAAGGCGCUCGGGCGACACGCCGAGGCCGCCGCCGACAUCCAAAAGGCGCGCUUGCUCGACCCGACCAACCCGCGGCUCAUGGUCAACUUCAAGGAGCUCCACGGCACCGACUGCAUUGUCCUUUGUGCCCCGGGGCACGAAAAGACCUUUUGAUUCUCAACUGAGCAACGUAGAUAAAUGUACGAAGAUGUUCAUGCAGUUGGCAUUAC